UGGACUUCGAAAGUGUGCAAAGUUACGUGUAUACCAUCGAACAAACAUGGAAAUCUUUCAAAUUGCAGUCGUCGUUGUGGCAGCUGGUGUACUUCUAUACUUUGUUAGACAGUACUUUAAUGGUGGUGUCUUUAAUAGUAGCAAACGACUUGAUGGUAAAACAGUUAUCAUUACUGGAGCCAAUACAGGAAUCGGCAAGGAGACAGCCGUGGAUUUGGCCCAACGGGGAGCUCGCGUGAUCAUCGCAUGCAGAGAUGUACAUCGUGCAAAUCUUGCUUUAAAGGAUAUCCAAGAUCGCUCUGGCAGUAAACAAGUAUAUUUCGAGCAGCUUGACCUUGCCUCUUUCAAGUCUAUCCGUGAUUUUGUGGAAAGAAUUAAGAAAAAUGAACCAAAAUUGCAUAUUUUGAUCAACAACGCUGCCACCGCGUAUUCUCCUUUCAAGACAGAAGAUGGUUUUCAAAUGGAGUUUGGUGUGAAUCAUCUUGGACCCUUCCUACUGACAAACUUGCUUCUUGACCUACUGAAGAAAUCAGCCCCCAGCCGUGUUGUAAACUUAUCGUCCUCUGCACACACUUAUUCCAAAGAAUUCAGAUUCGAGGAUAUCAACAAUGAGAAGACCUACAAACCCAUGAAUGCUUACUCACAAAGUAAACUUGCCAACAUAUUAUUUACAAGGGAGCUAGCCAAACGCCUGGAAGGAACAAGUGUUACAACAUACGCAGUCCAUCCUGGCAUAGUUACUACUGAGUUAGGUAGACGUUUGCCAUUGUGGCAGAGAAUAAUAAUGAAAUCUGUUGCAUGGCUUGUUGCAAAAAAUCCUAAACAAGGAGCUCAGACUACACUAUACUGUGCAGUAUCUGAGGAGCUUGAGGGAGUGAGUGGCAAGUAUUAUUCUGAUUGUGCUGAGAAGCAACCAUCUGACUAUGUCAAAGAUGAUCAUGCUGCCAAGAAGUUAUGGGAUGCAAGUGUUGAAUUUGUUGGGUUGUAAUUUGAUUAAAGCAGUCCUUAGUGCUAAUUGUCCUAAAUGUCACUUUCAAAGUCACGCUAGUCGAUCUGUCACCACAUUGGUACAUCUUUAGUGGCUUGAUCGGUUUUUGUAUUUGUUGUAUUACGCCGUAUGAUUUGCUUACACAUUAGACAUAUGAACGUUACAAUAUUCUCAAACAUUACUCAUCUAUGAAAUGAUUUUAAGUGAUUCUUCAAUUAUUCAUAUAACCAGUCAUGCAAAUUGUUAAUACACAAUAGUGUCAAUAGUCGAUGAGUACCGAACUAGAAAUAGCUGUAUACCGUAAAAACUAUUAGUAGAAGCUUGCCUGUAUAUAAAUGUAGUUCAGAUGUGUGCUACAGAGAGUAAUUUUACAAUAAAGUAUUGAAAGACUCAAAUAUUGAGUUUUAUCCUUA